UGUCAGAGUCAUAUCAGAGCUAUCCUGGACUUGCGCAAGCUAGGAAAGGGCUCGUAAUCGUAUCCGUGACUAAACGGUCUCCACUGCAAGACCUGCCAAGCGUCACUUCCUGAAUACUAGUCGACGUUUUAGUAAUUGGCAAGCUUCCUUGGGCUUCUUCAAGUGCUCGAAUUUCAAUUUCGUCUUUACUUGCACCAUUUGUCCUCUUGUGACUCGCGCAAAAAAAUAUUCAAGCCGGCGCGCGCGUUCUAGAUUUGUCAAACUGCGACGAGCUUUGUCCCGUGGUUAGCUGCUGGUGUGUAGUGAAUAUUUGUUUAGUGGCUAUUGUCGAGGCGUAGCGAAUAGGCCAUCACGAUGCCGGGGUCGUUUCAGAAAAUGAAGAACUACGUGACGGGAGAGGACGAGGAUAAAGGACUCGUCGACGAACUCAAGGAUGAUCUGGAUUGCUGUGGCAGUCUCAGUUGGUCAACGCGGAUCAAGGGCUUUGCAAUCUGCUUUGUCAUCGGCAUCGCCCUCUCCAUUAUCGGUGUCGUCAUGGUGUUUCUGCAGAAGUACACUGCAUUCGCGCUAAUCUAUUCCUGUGGCAGCUUAAUAGCCCUGACCAGCUCGAUGUUCUUGAUGGGACCAUGCAAGCAGCUGAAGCGUAUGUUUGAGGAGAAGCGCUUCAUAGCAACGAUAGUCGUACUGCUUGCAAUUGUUCUAACAAUCUGCGCCGCAGUAUGGUGGAAAAUCCCAGUUCUGGCCCUGGUGUUCUGUUUGGUGCAGUUUCUGGCAAUGGCAUGGUACUGUCUGUCCUACAUUCCGUAUGCUCGAACUCUUGUGAAGAAUUGUGCCACAUCAUGCCUUGCGUAAGCAGUUUACUGCUCUUGGUAUUCCCCAGCAGGCUAUGUGGAGUAGAUCAACGACAUCAGGGGAGUACUUCAAUGACGUCAUGCACAGUAUUGAGAGCAUCGGUGACAUCGUUCAUGGUGUUGCCCUGCAAGGCAGUCUCUUUGCCAUUUCUCCUGUAUGUUGAUCGAACUUUGUACAGAAAUUCUUUUCUACACCUAAUUCACAUUCCGUGUACAUCA